UAUUUUGCAGCAGUUUCUAAUCAGGAGUGGUGCAUGUUUGCUUCUGAACUGCUAAUUUUCGUGUUAAAUCCAUAGGUUAAAUCAGAAGUUUUACAAAAUAAUCAUGACUAACGCGAGUGCCUUUUCCAACGAUGACUGUGAACAAAAACACCAAGACAUCCAGCAAAAAGAAAAGCACUGCCACCAGCAGUAGCACCACCAGCACAAACGCCGUGCAACAGAAGUCUUCCAAAAGCUCCAAAGUAGUGUCUUCCUCCAGUAAAUCUACCGCGGGAGAAGCCUUAUCAAAAUCCUCGUCCGCUUCAAGCCUGAAAAUAUCAGACGUCUCACAUCUGCCGAUAAACGCUAACGUGGUAUCCUACACAGUUACCGAAGUGCUUCCCACAGGUACAGGUGAGAAAAUAACUAUGUAUGGUGAACAGGGCGCUACUUCCACAGAAUACAGACAUUUUGUUGCACAAGACACGUCAGCAGCUUCCACAUCUCAUUCCACAUCCAUCCAGCAAAUCAGUUCGACCCUAAACGAAUCCACCUCAAAUUUAUCAUGUGCUUCAGGGUCCACAUACACCGUCACAGAACCAAGGGAAGAAUACAAACUGACCUACAACAAAAACGAUUCGGGAUGGAACGGAAAAUUUGUUCUGGAGGAACCACAAAGCACAAAAAACAAAAAGACUGGUAGUAAACAAAUCGUUAAAGAUGGAGGGACGGUGGUGGAACAGAGUUCAACAUCCACCUCGCAUCAACAAAGCUCUUCCACAGCAAAAAGUUCCUCCAGUAGUUACGCCGUGGAGAUUGUAGAUGGAAAAGAAAAAAUUAUCGAUCAAAAACACCACGAAUCUGCGCACGGGCAGUCGUCGAGCAACGACGAAUAUUUAGCUUCAAAAUCAGGCACCAACAUCACUCCAGAGGUUCACUACAAACAACAGGCUAAAGAAAGCUCAACCAGGUAUGAUACCGCAGUGCCUGAACUAAGACAACCUAAGGGUCAUACAACGGAAUCUGUGAGGGAGGUCCAUCAAGUAGGGGACAACGUCUCUUCUUCUCAGAGUCAGGUACGUGAUAAUGUGCCAAUGCAAAUUAGCCAUGACAGUAAAAAUACUUUAAGAGAUAAAACAAAAGAUUUUAUUACUAGCGAGAAAAUAGAUACUAAUAUUAAUAGCAGCAGAACUCUAGCGGAUAGUAAUAUUAGUAACAAAACCAGCAAAAAAGCAUCGACAUCAUCGACAAGACAUAGUAAAAGUGAGAAUUUAGUUGAUAAUAGUACAAGUUCCAUAAAUAAAACAUCUAAACAGAGCAAAAGCGAAAACGUUGCUACAUCAAAAAACUUAGGUCAAACUGAAACCAUCACCACUACCUAUACUUACUACGAUUCAAAAGGAAACGUCAUCAAAACAGAAACAGAUGUGGAUACUCAUAACAUUCCCGGAUCCUUAACUUCAGAACGAAAUGUUUCCAGUAACAAUAUCCAGAAAGACGACCAUUCUGAUCAGUCCAAAAGAACCACUUACUAUGUGGAUGAAAACCACGUGGAUACAAACAAAAUUCGAUCAAGUCAAACUUCGACCGAUUCAAAAAACUUCUACGGACACAGUGUCGAUUCAAAAGGCACUGUGGUAAGUAACGUCUACGAUUCUAAGGCUGUACAGAAUACCAUCGGAACUAAAGGGAAAGUCAUCAUCGACCAAACCAGCGAAUCAAAGGAUGUUGUUUAUUCCAAUGAUAGGAAUUAUGGAAAGACUGGAUGGAAUGGGCAGUUUACGUACGAAAAACCUCAAGAAGGUCCGAGACAGUCCCCCUCCCCUGUUCGGAAAACGACAGGCCCAGGUGAAUCAAGUCCGCAAGGCAGAAAGCCUGGAGAGAGAUCGCCAGUGAGAAAACCUGAAGAAACUGGUAGAAAACCUAAAGAAACUGGUAAAAAACCUCCGUCUGAUCAGUCUCCUUCCAGGAAACCCAAGGACGAAUCAAAAACGACCGUUUACGUCGACGAAAACUACGUGGAUACUAGCAAGAUCCGUAGGGCUCAAACCUCAACAGAUUCCAAGAACUUUUAUGGUCAUACUGUUGACUCUAGGGAUACGGUUGUGGAAAACGUCUAUGACUCUAAAGCUACACAAAACACUAUUGGAACUAGCGGAAAGGUUUUGCGUGAUCAUACAAUAGAUUCCAGCGACGUGGUUUAUUCCUAUGAUCGAAAUUAUGGAAAAACUGGAUGGAACGGAAAAUUCACCUACGAACAACCUCAACAGCCUAAGAAACCUGAAGAUCGGAAGUCACCAGAAAAGAAACCUACACGAACAGAUUCUCCGUCAAGGAAAACAACUGAUAAACGCCCUGAGAGUUCCCCAACAAGAAAAUCUCCAAGCGAAAGGCCUGCAGCUGGUAAACCAUCUGUAGAUAAACCUAGACGUCCUGAAGGGUCUCCUUCUAGGAAAGGACCAAAAGGUCCUAAGGACACAAAAGAUUUUUUAUCCACAGAAAUAACGGAGAAUAUCAACCAGUUCACAGACGUAGUAAAUGUUAGUGAUGUAACUGACUCCAAAACAACCAUUAGCAGGGAUUCCAAAACUUUCAUUGAUAAUAAGUUUGUUAGUACAUCGGACAGUACAAUUGUAAGCGAGAAUUACGUAAUUAUCGACGGACAGAAAGUGCCUAAAGGUAAAACAACUGCAUCUGGACCGAAGCAGCCAGAGACUGACUCCAAAACUGUAGUAGAAAGUUUUGAAUCCGUUACAAAAUCCUCCGACUGCAAGACCUCUGUUACGAAAGAUGCUCAAACGUUUGAGGAUAAACAAAGUUCCUUUGAACACUAUACCACUCACGAUUCCUGGGAUAGUUCUAAAGGACCAAAAAAGCCUAUAGAAUCCAAACCUAAAGGUCCCAAAACGCCCAAGGAUACGACAAAUGUAGUAGAAAUAAUAUCAGAUGUCAGUUCGAUAACUGAUAACAAAUUCAUUGAUACAAAAUCGUCUGUGACCGAGGCUGUUCAUGUAUCGACAUCUUUGGACCAGAAAAUCACCAGCGAGAAUGUUUCGAAGACUGAUGUACGGUAUGACACGAAAAUAGACAAAAAAUUCACAGAUGUGAAGACUGUAGAUUCGGUGGAUCAUGUGAACAAGACCUUUAUUCAGGAAAACAUCCUCGACAUAAAAGAUAUUAACGAGGUGGAAAAUAUUACCAACAUAAAGAAAACAACCGACAAUAAGGUGAUAAACAUCGUGAAAACCAUCAAAGAAAAGCCGGAGCCUGCAAAACUGAAGGUUCCAUUAAAGGAGCAGUGUAUAUGUGAAUUAUGUACUUGCGGACGUCACACUUGUCCUCAUAAUCCAGACCAAUACAACGACCAUCUUCAUCCAGAAGGACCCAUUUAUGCUCAGCCCAAGGACGAAUACAACGCGACCAGAGGCGAAAGGUUUCCAGUGAAAAUACCCGAAGAUCAUCUACACCCGGAAGGUGAAUUUGUGAAACGGCAGCCCGAGCCCUGGAAGCCUGGCGAAAGGGCCCCCGUAAAGAAGCCCCAAGACAACCUCCGUCCAGAAGGUGAUUUCGAAAAACGCCGACCUGAAGAAUGGAAACCUGGAGACAGGGCUCCGGUAAGGAGACCGGAAGACAACUUGAGACCGGAAGGAGAGUUCCAAGUUCCGGAAAAGCCAGGGUAUCGUCCUGCAGAGCGCCCUGUUCCGAAGAAACCUCAGGAUAAUCUACGUCCUGAAGGCGACUUCGAAAGACCGAAGCCGGAAGAAUGGAAACCUGGUGACAGGGCCCCUGUCCGCAAACCAGCGGACAACCUACGACCGGAAGGCGACUUCGAACGACCCGAAAAGACCGGAUACCGUCCAGCAGAACGACCGCAGCAGAAACGACCCGAGGACAACCUCCGCCCCGAAGGAGAUUUCCAGAAACGCACCCCCGAAAAAUUCGUGCCCGCCGAAAGACCCAAACCUAAAAAACCGGAAGACAACUUGAGACCGGAAGGCGAGUUUGAGAAACGAAAACCUGAAGAAUGGAAGCCCGGCGAUAGGGCUCCGGUGAAAAAGCCCCAGGAUAACUUGAGGCCUGAAGGGGACUUUGAACUACCGGAACCGGAGAAAUGGACUCCAGCAGAAAGACCCAAACAAAAGCGCCCCGAAGACAAUUUAAGACCUGAGGGUGAGUUUGACAGACCCCAGAAACCCGGAUAUCAACCUGCUGAAAGACCGGUUGUCAAAAAGCCCCAGGACAACUUGAAGCCUGAAGGUGAAUUUGUGAAGAGGACUGUGGAAGAUUAUCGUGUGAUACGAGGUGACAGAGCUCAAAUAGUUCGCCAUGAAGAUAACAUCACUCUAGAAGGAGAAUUCACUGACAUUACCACAUCCAAGGUCGAUUUUACCGGUGAAUUAGUGCCCAGGCAAAGUCCGGUGCGAAGGAACACCUUUACCAAGGUUGAAGGUGAAUUUAUAUCCGAUACCACUUCCAAAACCGAUUUUGUUGACUACACUACCUCUGUCGAAAGGACGACAAUUCAAAAACGGCAUGACAAUCUUACUGUCGAAGGCGACAUGACUUUCGAUACUUCCACUACUGUCGAAUUCACAGAAAAGACACCACAAGUAGAUAGAAGACGACGAACUUGGACUAAGGACGACGUAGAGAAAUUUUAUUCCACCCACCAAACCGAAACAACGACUACAAAUCAAGAAAUUUAUAAAACAUAUGAUACAACAGAUAUUAGAGAGAACGUGAUUAUUCAUCGCGACAAUUUGAGACCGGAAGGACCGUUCCAAGGUACUCCCAAGUCCAGGGAAGAUUACGUUCCCAAACAUGUAGAGCGCCCGACUCCUAGAAAACCACUGGACAACUUGAGGCCUGAAGGUGAGUUCGAAAAACGUACUCCGGAGAAGUUUGUACCGGCCGAAAGACCAAAACAGAAGAGACCUGAAGAUAAUUUGAGACCUGAAGGUGACUUUGACCGACCACAGAAACCUAAAUAUAAACCUGCUGAACGACCUACUCCUAAAAAGCCUGAAGACAAUCUCAGACCGGAGGGUGACUUUGAGAAACGUACACCGGAGAAAUUUGUGCCCGCCGAAAGACCGAAGCAAAAGAGGCCUGAUGAUAAUCUAAGACCCGAAGGUGACUUUGAACGUCCCGAAAGACCUGAAUAUCGACCUGGAGAUAGACCUAAGCCAAUUAGGCAUUAUGACAAUUUACGGCCUGAAGGUGACUUUGAGGUACCUGAGAAACCAAGGUAUAUUCCUGCCGAAAGACCCACUCAGAAAAGGCCUGAGGAUAAUCUGAGACCUGAGGGAGAGUUCGAAAAACGUACACCCGAAAAAUUCGUGCCUGCUGAGAGACCUAGGCAGAAAAGACCUGAAGAUAAUCUUAGAACGGAAGGAGAUUUUGAACGACCGGAAAGACCUAAAUAUCAACCUGCUGAAAGGCCAAAACAAAAAAGACCCGAAGAUAACCUACGGCCCGAAGGUGAUUUUGAUAGACCCGAUAGACCAGAAUACAGACCAGCUGAUAGACCUAAACCAGUUCGGCAUUAUGACAACUUACGUCCGGAAGGAGAGUUUGAAGUUCCAGAAAAGCCUAAGUACGUACCGGGGGAAAGACCUGUGCCUAAAAAACCGGAGGAUAAUCUUAGACCCGAGGGAGACUUUCAAAAACGUACUCCUGAAAAAUUCAUUCCUGCUGAAAGACCUAAACAGAAAAGACCUGAGGAUAAUCUUAGACCUGAGGGAGAUUUUGAACGACCCACUCCUUCUAAAAUUGGACCAGCCGAAAGGAGAACUCCCAUUAAACAUGAUGAUAACCUCAGACCAGAAGGAGACUUCGAACGUCCAGAGAAACCUAGAUAUCGGCCAGCUGAAAGACCUGUACCUAAGAAACCAGAGGAUAACCUUAGACCAGAGGGUGAUUUUGAAAAGCGUACUCAAGACAAAUUCGUGCCUGCUGAAAGGCCUAAACAAAAGAGACCUGAAGACAACCUCAGACCUGAAGGCGAGUUUGAAAGACCUACACCUUCUAAGAUUGGUCCGGCUGAGAGAAGAACCCCUAUAAAACAUGACGAUAACCUCAGACCUGAAGGAGACUUUGAGCGUCCAGAAAAACCGAGAUACCAACCUGCCGAAAGACCUGUUCCUAAAAAACCUGAGGAUAAUCUUAGACCUGAGGGCGACUUUGAAAAACGAACGCCUGAGAAAUUCGUUCCUGCCGAGAGACCUAAACAAAAGAGACCCGAAGACAACCUCAGACCUGAAGGCGAGUUUGAACGACCUACACCUUCUAAGAUCGGUCCGGCUGAGAGAAGAACUCCUAUAAAACAUGAUGAUAAUCUCAGACCUGAGGGAGACUUUGAACGUCCAGAAAAACCGAGAUACCAACCUGCCGAAAGACCUGUUCCUAAAAGACCAGGGGAUAAUCUUAGACCUGAAGGCGAAUUUGAGAAACGAACACCUGAGAAAUUUGUUCCCGCCGAGAGACCUAAACAAAAGAGACCUGAAGAUAACCUCAGGCCUGAGGGAGAUUUUGAACGACCUGAAAGACCUGAAUAUCAACCAGCUGAAAGACCGAAACAGAAACGACCUGAGGACAAUCUGAGACCCGAGGGUGAAUUCGAGAGACCCACGCCUAGCAAAAUCGGACCAGCAGAGAAAAGAACUCCUAUCAGACAUGACGAUAACCUCAGACCUGAAGGGGACUUCGAACGUCCCGAGAAACCUAAAUACCAAUCAGCAGAGAGACCCGUUCCUAAGAAACCUGAGGAUAACCUCAGGCCUGAAGGAGAAUUUGAGAAACGUACCCCUGAAAAGUUCGUACCAGCUGAAAGGCCUAAACAAAAAAGACCUGAAGAUAAUCUAUAUCCUGAAGGUACUUUUGAAAGACCAGAUAGACCAGAGUUUAGACCUGCUGAUAGACCAAAACCAGUUAGACACGAUGAUAACUUACGACCAGAAGGCGACUUUGAACGCCCAGAGAAACCUAAAUACCGGUCAGCUGAUAGACCAGCCCCGGUCAAACCUUCUGAUAACCUUAAACCUGAGGGCGAGUUUGAGAAACGCACUCCAGAGAAAUUCGUACCUGCAGAAAGACCGAAACAGAAACGACCUGAGGAUAAUCUUAGACCCGAAGGUGAUUUUGAAAGACCUUCUCCAACUCACGUGGGUCCUGCUGAGCGGAGAUCUCCUAUUAAACACGGCGACAAUCUUAGGCCGGAGGGUGACUUUGAAAGACCUGAAAAACCAAGGUAUCAACCCGCUGACAGACCUGUACCUAAAAAACCAGAAGAUAAUCUUAGACCAGAGGGCGAAUUCGAAAAACGUACUCCGGAGAAGUUUAUACCGGCCGAGAGACCGAAACAGAUAAGACCGGGAGAUAAUCUAAGACCGGAAGGAGAUUUCGAACGGCCCGAGAGGCCUGAAUAUCAACCUGCGGAAAGACCUAAGCAAAAACGACCUGAGGACAACUUGUACCCUGAAGGCGAAUUUGAGAGACCCUCUCCGACUAAAGUUGGUCCUGCUGAAAGACGAUCUCCCAUCAAACACGAUGACAAUCUUAGACCUGAAGGUGACUUUGACCGUCCAGAUAAAGCUAAAUAUCAGCCGGCUGAAAGGCCUACUCCAAUCAAACCUUCGGAUAACCUUAAACCAGAGGGAGAAUUCCAGAAAAAGACCCCGGAAAAGUUUGUUCCGGCUGAGAGGCCUAAACAAAUGAGACCUGAAGAUAAUCUAAGACCAGAGGGCGAUUUCGAUGUUCCUGAUAGACCCGAAUACAUUCCUGCUGAAAGACCUAAGCCUAUCAGACAUGGCGAUAACCUCAGACCGGAAGGAGAGUUUGAUCGUCCUCAGAAACAACAAUAUAAGCCUGCUGAUCGUCCUACACCUGUCAAACCUUCGGAUAAUCUUCGUCCUGAAGGAGAAUUUGAGAAACGUACCCCAGAGAAGUUUGUGCCGGCUGAAAGGCCUAAACAAAAGAGACCUGAGGAUAACCUCAGACCUGAAGGUGAUUUCGAACGACCUACACCAACGUCUAUGGGCCCAGCUGAAAGAAGAACGCCUAUUAAACAUGAUGACAAUCUUAGACCUGAAGGUGAUUUUGAUCGUCCAGAUAGGCCUAAGUAUCAGCCUGCUGAAAGACCUACUCCAGUCAAACCUUCAGAUAACCUCAAACCCGAGGGAGAAUUCGAAAAACGAACACCAGAGAAGUUUGUACCUGCUGAGAGACCGCAACAAAAAAGACCCGAGGAUAACUUGAGACCCGAAGGCAAAUUUGAACGUCCUACACCUUCGAAAAUUGGACCAGCAGAAAAAAGGACUCCGAUCAAACAUGAUGAUAAUCUUAGACCAGAAGGUAAUUUUGAACGACCGGAAAAACCUAAAUACCAACCGGCAGAAAGGCCCGUUCCUAAGAAACCUGAAGACAAUCUUAGGCCAGAGGGUGAAUUUGAAAAACGUACGCCAGAAAAAUUCGUACCAGCUGAAAAACCUAAACAGAAACGACCAGAAGAUAAUCUAAAACCGGAAGGAGAGUUUGAAAGGCCGGAAAUAAAAGAAAUCGGGCCCGCUGAAAUUCGCAAACCUAUUAAACACGACGACAACCUGAAACCUGAAGGAGAUAUGCUGAUCAACAGACGGGAUGACUACAAUGUUGUACGCGGUGAAAGAGUUGAAAUAGUAAAACAUGAAGAUAAUCUUAAGACUGAAGGCAAAUUCGUCGAUACAAGAACUAGGGAUGAUUACCGUGUUGUAAAAGGCGAAAGGUCUGAAGUGGUUAAACAUGAGGAUAAUCUUCGUAUGGAGGGCGAAUUCAUCGACAGGAGAACCAGAGAUGAUUUCUGUGUAGUCAAAGGAGAACGAUCUCAAGUCGUUAAACACGAAGACAAUUUACGCAUGGAAGGUGAAUUUAUUGAUAACAGGUCUCGAGAUGACUACAGGACAGUAAAAGGAGAACGCGCCGAAGUAAUAAUACGCCAAGAUAACCUUAGAAUGGAAGGAGAAUUUAACGAAUACCGUAAACGUGAUGAAUUUACUACACGUACUGGAAAAACCGAGGUUAUUCGUCACGAGGACAACUUAAAACUCGAGGGUGACUUCGAACGCCCGACUCCCACGAAAAUUGGACCUGGUGAAAGACGAAGACCGAUCAAACAUGACGAUAACUUACAUCCGGAAGGCGAUUUUAAUAGACCGGACAAACCUAAAUACCACCCAGGUGAAAGGCCCACUCCUAAAAAGCCUCAAGACAAUUUGAGACCCGAAGGAGAAUUUGAACGACCCACCCCGUCAAAAAUUGGUCCUGGUGAACGUAGAUCUCCUAUCAAACACAGUGACAAUCUUCGGCCAGAAGGAGAUUUUGAAAGACCAUCUAAACCCGGAUACCAACCCGCCGAAAGGCCUACUCCCAAGAAGCCUCAAGAUAAUUUACAUCCCGAAGGAGAAUUUGAAAGGCCUACACCUUCAAGAAUAGGUCCUGGUGAACGUAGAUCUCCUAUCAAACACAGUGACAAUCUUCGGCCAGAAGGAGAUUUUGAAAGACCAUCUAAACCCGGAUACCAACCCGCCGAAAGGCCUACUCCCAAGAAGCCUCAAGAUAAUUUACAUCCCGAAGGAGAAUUUGAAAGGCCUACUCCUUCAAGAAUAGGUCCUGGGGAACGUAGGUCUCCCAUUAGGCAUCACGAUAACCUUCAUCCAGAAGGUGACUUUGAUCGUCCACAAAAACCAGGGUACCAACCCACGGAGAGACCAACUCCUAAGAAACCUCACGAUAAUCUGCGACCUGAGGGAGAUUUUGAAAAACGUACACCAUCUAAGAUCGGUCCAGGAGAACGUAGAACUCCAAUUCGUCAUUCCGAUAACUUAAGACCGGAGGGUGAUUUUGACAGACCUCAAAAACCGGGUUAUCAGCCUGGUGAAAGGCCUACCCCUAGAAGGCCACAAGAUAACCUACGACCUGAGGGAGCUUUUGAGACACCGGAAAAACCCAAAUAUGGUCCUGGCGAACGUGCGGAUAUCGUAAGACAUCCGGAUAAUCUGAAGCCCGAAGGUGAAUUUAUCGGUACACCUAAAAGCAAAGAAGAUUUUAAACCUACUAGAGGCGAAAGAGCUCCUGUUAAGAAACCUCAGGAUAAUUUGAAGAUGACUGGAGAAUUCCAGGACACUACCGUAGCCAAAUCUCAAUAUACUGUAGUAAGAGGUGAGAGAGCUGAAGUAAAGAAACACGAGGAUCAUCUUAAAGUGGGUAGUGGAAAAAUGGAAACGGUUACGACUUCAAAAGAAACUUUUGAAACAACUCCUAGAAAGACACCGGAAAGGAACGUGGUAGAUAAGAGAAGACACAUGGAGUCACAUAUCAGUUUGGGAGAUGAUAAAACGUCCAUGCAAACUACCAAUCAAGUCAAUUAUAACACUUACAUACGAAGAGUGGACAAAAAAGCUGUCAAUGUUGAAAAUGUUGAUAAACGAGUCACUAAUGUUGUUAAUAAGAAGCUCGUCGAAAAUGUCGAUAGGCACGUAGUAGAUAGUAAGGUAGUUAAUAACGUUGAAAAUGUUGACAAAAGAGUUGUUAAUAAAACUAUCGUUUCAAAUGGUAGUGUAGUGGAUGGCGGUAAAAGAGAAGUUAAUGUAUCUGCAGAUACAAAAACUUUAGCAGAUGGAACUAUCGUUAAAGUCACUCGUACGGUAACCAAAAAUACCGGACAAGCUGUCAACGAAAUACGUAAAUCCUCUUCCCAAACUCACGUACAACAAUCUCAAUCACACUCGCACGCCGAAAACAGGAAUGUUGUGAAGCAAAACAACAUAAUUCACUCUUCCAGCCAGACCAACGUUUCUAACCAACAGGCCUCGCACCACAGGAAGAGCACCAUUAGUUCCGAAGAGAUAAACAAUCAAAUAUUACAUCGCAAAGGCCUGCAUACUUCUACCGAAGCUUUGCACGCUACGAGCUCUUCGGCUUUGGAUAUGAGGAAAUCCGUCUGCAAUAUCCACGAUCAAGGGCGUACCACUGUGAAUACUGAACGGCACAGUUUGAGUUCGAUGCACAGGUCUCAGCAGGAAGCGGCUAGUAAUGCUAAUAGAAGGAGCCAACAAAUUACGUCUUAUCAGACUGUAGAACGACCACAGAAGAUCGUUCGUAAAGAUAACUUAUCGGUAGGUGGUCACUUUUAUGGACAGUCUGAAGCCAAGUCUUACGGAGAAUUCACAAAGCAGCAAAACAUCCAAAGAGUAGAACGUGUAACUAGACGCUCAAAUGUCUCCAAUAUCACGCUAGGUGACACUAACGUGCACGUAGUCACUUCGUACAAAAAAGAGUACGCACCUAGGAACGUUGGGCCUUGUCCAGCCGGUUUGGUAGACGCACCCAAGGGACCAUUUAAACAUACCAGAGACACUAAGUCUCAUAAGUUUUAUAUGCCUGUUGUUACUAACUAAUCUAUUUUUGUUCUCAUUUCCAUUUUUUUAUCUAAAUUAUUAUUACUGUUUACUAUUAGACUGUUAUUAACAUACUCUAGUAUUGUGAUAAAUUUUGUUGUUGUUAAUCCUAUAAUUAUAGUAAUUAAAUUUUCUAAUAUUGUUUAUUAUAUAUUAUAUAAUUAUAUAAACCUUUUUAGGAAAAAGCCAUAAUAAGUGCUUACGGUAUCUGGGUUUUAUACGAAUUAAUUUUUCUAUUAUCUACAUAUUUAUAUAUUUUGCUUGCCAAGCUUUUAUAAAGUGUAAAACCCAAUAAAAUAUAUUUUUUAUGAUUUCGUUUUUUAGUUAUUUAUUUAUUUCAUUUCCUGUCUAU